GCCAUGCCGCCAUUGUUAUAAAAUGAGGUGAGACCUGUUUCUUCCAAUAGUGCGUUAGCGACAUCUGUGCAUCCCACACGAUGCGGUCCUUCCGUCUGAUCCUGCAGCUUUUGGCCUUGGGCAUCACUCAGGUCCUCGGUGUGCCCCUCACGCCUCGAGACGCAGAUGCAUAUCCCACAGUGACUCUCGACUACGGGACUUACCAAGGUGUCACAUCGGGGAGCGUCACUUCGUACCUUGGGAUGAAUUACGCCCAGCCUCCAGUGGGAAACCUUCGCUUUGCAGCGCCGCAGGAGCCUGAACCAUUCACCGGGGUCGCGGAUGCGACGAGCUACGGAGCAGCGUGUCCGCAGCAGGACAUUGUGCUGCCCGACCUCUUGCCGAAGAACGUCACGAUUACUUCGGCGUCAGGCCUGAUUUCUGAGGAUUGUUUGAACCUCAACGUAAUCAAGCCAGCAAACGUUUCCGCGGGCGACAGCCUUCCUGUAUUAUUCUGGAUAUUCGGAGGUGCCUUUGAGAUAGGAGAUGCAUCGACAUACGACGGGUCGCUCUACGUGGAAAGAUCCAUCGCGCUAGGACAGCCGAUCAUCUUCGUGGCUCUGAAUUACCGCGUGAAUGCAUUUGGGUUCAUUGCUAGCCAAGAAAUCCUGGACGCGAAUGCGACCAAUCUUGGUCUUCGUGACCAGCGUCUCGCGUUGCAAUGGGUCAACAAGUACAUCUCGCAGUUCGGAGGUGACCCUGAGAAGGUGACGAUUUGGGGAGAGAGUGCAGGCGCAUUCUCCGUAGCUGCUCAUUUGGUCUGGAACGAAGGCGAUACUGGGGGUCUAUUCCGCGCCGCAGUCAUGCAAUCGGGGCCGCCGAUCUCCUUAAGAACUGUUGCCGAAGGCCAACAAUACUACGACCAACUGGUCGAGAAUACGGGCUGUUCCGGCGAGGACGAUACUCUGGCGUGUCUCCGCAGCGUGCCGUAUCUGGAACUACAGGCGGCGAUUGCUCUGAGUCCCUCCUUCUUCAGUUACCAGAGCUUGACCCUGGCAUGGGAGCCUCGGAUUGAUGGACAGGUCGUUCUGCGCAACGGGAUGAAGUAUAUACAAGAGGGCUUGUAUGCCAAGGUGCCCGUCAUCAUUGGAGAUUGCUACGAUGAGGGAACGCUUUUCUCGUUCGGUAACGUCAACGUCACGACGGAUGACGGAUUCCUCGAAUAUGUACAUUCAAACUACAUUCCUGUCGCUUCUGACUCACAAAUCGAGGCUUUGGGGGAGGCCUAUCCCUCCGAUCUUUCCGAGGGUGCACCCUAUGACACAGGCAUAUUAUGGGCGCUGACGCCGGAAUUCAAACGUCUUGCGUCUUUCCAGGGCGAUUGGUUGUGGCAAGCACCUCGCCGUUACUUCCUGGAGACAGUAUCUCAGACGCAGGAUGCAUGGUCAUAUCUCUACAAGCGUGGCACCCAGAUACCGUACCUAGGAGCUGCACACGCAACCGAUAUCCUGGAGUUUUUCGGCUCUAUCGACUACAUAGCACCGGAUGCGCUCAUCUUCUUCACCAAUAAUCUCAACCCGAAUGCUCCGGCUGAUCUCGAGUCUGGCCUUAGCAAGCUAUCAGACAUCACUUGGGACCAGUGGGGCUCGGACAUUUCGGCGCCGCCGUUGUUGACUUUCGUUGAUCCCGCACCUGAGGUGGAAAUCACCGCAGAUACAUUCCGGGCUGACGCGAUCAGCCUACUGAACGAGCUCAUGUUACUGUUCCCGUGAGCAGUGUAUAGUGUCAUGAUGUAACGA